AUGACUUUUCGCCGUCUACUGGUUACUCUAUGCUGCAUCACUUGCCAGUACGCGUACACGCUUCAAGCUUUCGAAGUGCCCAUAUCCCGCCGUGCGGCCUUGGGUAGUUUUGCAGCGGCGAUGACCGUUCCCAAUGUUGUCAUGGCAAGUCCAGAAACAAAAGAUGAAAUCAAUACUGCUGACUCGAAAGCAACGGCCGAGAAGCAGAGCGCGGCCAAAAAGAAAGCGGAAAAAGAAGCUCGCCGUAUGGCCGAAGAGACAAAGAAACGGCUUGCGGUCGGUCGCAUUGGAACCAUUUAA